UACAAUACUACAAAUUGGCAUGUCAUUUGCUAAUAUGGAAGAUGUUCGUACAGCUCUAGAGAACUAUUCCAUUCAAACUUCAUUACCUUAUAAAUUUCAAAUCAAUAAACCCAACAAACUACUUGUUAUUUGUCCUACAAACGAAACCAGUAAAUGUUCUUUUAUUAUUUCUGCCAACAAACGUAAAGACGGAUAUAUUUAUAUUGUAAAGUUAAUUAAUCAUAAUCAAGAUUGCCCAACUCAUUCAGAAACAUUCAAAGCACGUGGUUCAUAUCUUAAGAAAUUUACUGCGCCAUUAAUUGAGGACAUAUCAGCACUUAAACCUCGUGAUAUUAUGAAUCGUCUUCACUCUGAAGUAGCUAAUAGAAAACGUGGUAUAGAAGAAAUAGAAAAGAGUUACCAACAUAUAAAAUCAUUACUUGACAAUCUAUCCAACGAGAAUCCUGGAAGUCCUUGGAUUGAAGCUACCGAACAUUGUAGACCUGUGUUUACUUUUGAUGCCUGUCAUUCAAAGUCAAGUUACAAAGGUGUAUAUUUAAGUGUAAGCAUAAUUGAAGGCGAAAACAAACUUGUUCCUAUAGCAUUUGCUAUCUGUGCUAUCGAAAAUUCGGAUAAUUGA